AUGUUAACUCAGGAAGUCGAAGCACUAGUCUCGCCCCCACGCAAGCGAACUAUCGACCCGGCCCUCGUCCAAGCUACCCCUGUUUCUAGGAAGUAUUCAGGAAUCAUCCAAACCCAAACACUAGACCCGGACGACUUCAAAAAGAAGAGAGCCGGAAUGUGCCAGGAAAUGUCAGGAUACUGGGUCGGCCCCUGUGAAGUCGACGACUUCUUCGAACUCACGAUGCCCCUGGACUUGAAGGAAGGGGAAGCCGAGGAGCUACCAAAUAUCGACGAAAAAUUCUUCGCCCGCAAGAAACCAGCCAAUGAAGAUGAGGUGUACGCUGAAUUUGCUAGUUUCUUCAUGAAAACCCCGGAAGAAUCUCACUUUGAGGGUCUCAAGAUGGUCGAUAGUUCUCGCCACGCGGACCCAGACUCCAAGGCUGGCUCAAAGGUCAAGCCAGACGUGGGCAUCCACAAAACCGACGACGCCUCUGUCACCGUCGCUACUCCUACCCGUCUCGGCAGCGCGCUCUCUCCUGCGGAGCUCAAGAAGCGGCUUCUGGAAUUAUUCAACGAUCUUGCCAAGAAGCUGGGUGUGAGUUUCGAAAUUGACACCGACGAGGCACGAGAUGCCCGAGGGCAGCUCGCGACAUACGCCGUGGAAUAUUGCGCUCGCCAACACCGGACCCACUUGUUUCUUGUCUAUAUCUACUUCCCCCAUGCCCGCUUCAUUAGAUUCGAUAGAUGCGGCGCCCUCGUUUCGACGAAAUUCGAUCUCUCUCAGGAUUGCACACCACUUAUCCGGUUCUAUUCGAGGUUCUCUAAGAUGACCGACGCUCAAAGGGGGUACGAUACCACGGUUGCACUUGCCAGCGAUGAAGAGACUAAGCUCGCCCAAGAACGCCUCAAAGAAUGGGAACCGAAGCACGAACGUCCUGUGUUCAAGAUGGAUGUUUACGACGACAAGGUGGAAGAACAAGCCGAAGACAACGACGAGGCACAUAUCAAGGCAGAAGUCUGCGUCAAUGACGCCGAUGUCGGUCCGAAGACAAUCCAGGCUGCCGACAACGACAUUAAGGAGACACCGAAGCCACGAAAGUUCCUUGUUUGGGGAUCUCUCGCCGAUCCAGAAUCACCACUCGGCCGAGCGACGCGCGGAUACCCAGCACUGGAAGUUACCGAUGGAUUGGAGAAGGCCAAGGACGCUCCAAUCGUAUUCCUGAAGGAGCAAUGGCGUUCCAAGGCUUUGCGACCCGAAAUCGACACGCUCCGAGAGCUGAAGAAAGCGGAUGUCAAGCACGUCCCGACACUCCUAUGUGGAGGUGAUCUUCCCGGCCAAGUCACACAAACGGACGCCUUCGCCGCUAAGAUUGGGAGAACAGAGGGCAAGCCCAUUGACCGCCGUUUCCAUGUUCGGUUCGUGGUGAAGGAAGUUGGUCGGCCGAUCGAGCGGUUCUCUUCCUCAAAGGAGAUGUUUCAGGCCGUGUAUGAUGCGUUCCAAGGACACAAGCAGGCUUACGAAAAGUGUAAAUUACUGCAUCGCGACGUGAGCGGAGGAAACAUUUUACUUGUAACCAAUGGAGGUCUUUUGAACGACUGGGAUAUGGCAGUGAAGGUCAACGAAGAUAAGCGAGGCCCUAGGGCACAUGAACGCACAGGUACUUGGGCCUUCAUGUCCAUCGACUUGCUGAGGGGUGAACGGCGCCCUCACAAGAUUAGCGACGACCUCGAAUCCUUCUUCUGGGUGGUGCUAUACUAUAGCCUCCUUUACCUCCCCCAUAAUAAGGUUGGUACACUGGGCGACAUAAUCCCCGCGAUCUUUGAACAGUAUACCUCCUUUGGGGAGACGAAAGGCGGACAAGGCAAGCACAUUGUGGUGAUGGAAGGUGACUACAUUGGUGAUAGUACCUCAUCUGGGGCCCGCCUAGAAUUCGAUGGCUGCAAGCCGUUGACUAGAUUUGUUGCUACUUUUCUCCUCAAACUAAAACGUUGGAGAGUAGAAGCCAGCCUUGCACGCAACCCUGCCGACGAAGACAUCCUUUGCGCUGAGGAUUUGAACCCCAUUUCGCCCAGCGCGCAGUCUGUCCAGGACCACCAGCACCAGGAGAUAGAAUUUAUUUGGAAUGCUACAUUUAGUCAGACCUGGCCAGUGAACGAUGGAGCCAAACUCCAGAUGCUGAAGGAACCCACCCCCACUGCUCAAGCACCAGAAGAAGGUACUGCAGCCGAAAGCAAAGAGCAUCCCCCAAACGCUUGCUGGAGCUUCCGAAGGUCAAAAGACGAGGAGACCCCCGAGGACAAGGAGAAGCACACGCUUACUACACACAAGUGGUACCGGUACUGGUUAGUACGGUCCAUACUACCAUAG